GUCUCCCAAUACACGCAACAUAACAUGUUUGGCCAUGUUUUAACUUUAUUCUCAUAACCCAUUGUGCCUUUUUAUGAAAUAUUGCCACUCAUGCCUGUUAAAAAAUAAAAAAAAUAAAAUAAAAAAUCCUCCAAACGUUUAAAUUCAGUUAUUCUUACAUUAUGACAACAAUCACUUGGCAACAGGAGCUAUCAGGUGUCUUACAUCAUUUUUAUAUCGCUGUCCAAAGGUUUAUGGAAACUGAUCUUCGUUUGCACUUUCUGGGAACAUCAGCAGUUACACGCUUAACUUCCUUUCCGUACUCAAAAGUCUCCAGGAUGAAGAAGAAGCUGCUCGUGGACGUGGACUGCGGCGUGGACGACGCGCAGGCCAUCAUGUUAGCGCUGGCCGCCCCCAACGUGGACCUGCUGGGGCUGACGUGCGUACACGGGAACACCACGGUGGAAAACGUGUGCAGGAACACGCUGCGUGUUCUACAAGCUUGCGACAGGCUCGAGAUUCCAGUGUUCAAAGGCGCCGCCAAGCCCCUCCUCGGCAACACGAUUAACGCGAGUCACUUCCACGGGCGGGACGGCCUCGGCGACGCCCCCGACCCCCUGGCUCCCGGCGUGGACCUGGUGCAGGAGGAGGGCGCCGUGUCGGCUAUGAUCAGAAUCGUCAACGACAACCCGGGAGAGGUUACCCUGGUUGCCACGGCGCCACUCACCAACCUGGCUCUGGCCGUGAGGUUGGAUCCGUCCUUACCGACCAAGCUGCGAGGGCUCUUCAUCAUGGGAGGCAACACUGAAUCUCGGGGGAACACCACAGUGUGCGGAGAGUUCAACUUCGUGGCCGAUCCAGAAGCGGCGUACAUCGUGCUGAACGACUACCAGUGUCCCACCUACUUGGCAUGCUGGGAGUUUACCCGCUACAGCAAACUGUCCUGGGAGUUCUGCGACGCCUGGCUAGCGCAGCCCACCCACAAAGCUCGCUUCAUGGCGCGCAUCUUCCGCCACAGCAUCGAGGUGGAGUUUGCGGGCGACAGCGGCUUUGUCUCCUGCGACUCGUACGCCAUGGCCGCCGCCGUGGACGACACGCUCGUCACCGAGAGUGACCGCUACCCGGUUAGCGUGGAGCUGACUGGCACGCACACGCGGGGCAUGAUGGUGGUUGAUACGUUGGGCUGCCUCAAGAAGACUCACACGGCUUUCAUCAUGAAAAAGGUGGACAUGGACAAGUUUAAGGAGAUGAUGAUGGCAGCCUUGAAAUAGUUACUAAAGCACUGAGGGCAAUAGCAGACGUCAUCUAUUUAAGGGUGUGCAGAUUUAUGUAACCAGGUUAUUGUUUCCCCCCCCCCUGAAAAUAUUAAAUUUUUAUCAUCAAUUGAGUUGUACAGAUUACAGGUCACAACAAGGAUGGAAAAAGUUUGGAAAUAAUUUAUCGCUGCCUUCUUUUUUCUAUUAUUAUUAUUUUUUAUUUUAAAUACAACAAAAACCAUUUGCAAAGGAGUGUGUAAACAUGUUGGUGACCCCAAGGACCACAUCAAUAUAACCUGACAGCAUGUUUCUUUUCACCUCCUGACUACCAGCAGUUCAAAUUUGUCCUCUAGAGUGGACAUUUGUAAACUUGAAUAUCUCCCACCCACUACAUAAUACUAAUAAUACUUUUCCCUCCUAUAUAGGACACUUCAAGCUUUUCAGUGAUACCAAAUGUGAAGGGGUGGGGCUUUCUCAUUAGUUUUAAAACAAUCCUGAUUGGAUAAUUUUUUUUUUUUCCUCUGGUAGUCAGGCGGUUCAGUGUGGCCCUAAUAUCGAGUUUUCAACAACACGCACUACUUUAUCAUACACAAUUUGUCCACGAAGAAUGAUAAACACUCAA